GAAAAGAAACAAUAUGGCUGAUUCCCGAGGUCCUCGGCUAUUUGCUGAUUUAAACAACGUUUUUAAAAGGGAUCCUAACAUUGAUGAGUAUGAUAUUUUGCCUGUCUUGGAGCCUACACAUAACAGAAGUCCAUUUCUACUGCAAGAACACAAACUUGGCGUGGAAGCCUGGGCAGUAAAAGUUUUAAUGAAAUAUGUGGCCACAAGGUUGAUUGGAUGGAGAAGUCAGAACCCUUUGGUCAAAUUCAUUGAUCCUACUGAAGUUUUGAAUCUAACAAGAGCACUGAUCCUUUUUAAUCCUGACAACUAUACAGCCUGGAAUGUUAGAAAGGAACUCGUUGAAAGUGGGUUUCUCAACAUAGCUGAUGAUUUACAGUUUGGAGCUCUAGUACUCUCUAAGCAUCCCAAAAGUGCAGAAACAUUUAUACACAGGAGGUGGCUUUUCCAGCAGCUAUUAGAUCACUGCUUAUCUUCAAGCUUAGACAGUAAUGGCUCUGUUGCAGCAGUACCAGAGAACAAUGCUGAUAGUUCCAUAAGUAUGGAUCUAAUAGAUGUCGAUAUUGUAGCUAGUCCAGAGAAUGAUGGUCUUUUAAGUAUGGACCAGUCUCUGGAGUGUAGUAGAUUGUUUAAGUUACAUACCCAGUUAGAGAUGAGAGUCUGUGCAAGAGCAGCUGAAAGGUAUCAGUGUAACUACCAUGCAUGGUCUCAUAGAAUAUGGAUUAUACAGCAUUGUCUGAACUGUUCCUUACAGGUUCUUUUAUCUGAGAUGAAAGAAACAGAAGCUUGGAACUCAACACACAUAUCUGACCAUAGUGGCUUUCACUAUCGACAGUUUCUCCUGACUGAACUGCACAAGAGACAGGAGAAACUAUCACUGCUUUCUAUUAGCCCAGGGCAGCUUGUUCACAGAGAAAUGGCUUAUGUUUGUGAUCUUAUCCGCUCUUAUCCAGGGCAUGAGACAUUAUGGUAUCACAGGAGAUUCUUGUUUUGUUUCAUGUUAAACACACAUCCAUUGGAUCAGGACACUAAGUUGUCUUGUAAAUCCUCCAAUGGCUUUUCAGUGUACCGAGAUCAAGGGGAAGAAGCUUUAAAGAGACACAAAACAUUUUUAAUUGCUCAGGAAUUAGAAUCGGUCAAUACCAAACAAAAAUUGGAAUCUUCUUCAAAAUAUAAUCAUAUGCUGCUCGGCAAAUAUGUCCACUGGUUGCAAACAUUAUUGACUUCAACGUGAGGGCUCAUCUCAGUUUAGAAUAUCCCAACUUAUUAUUAAGUUUGUUGUUACAUAUUAUUUAAAAAAUUACCCGAUCCAGGGGUCUAUGUAACUUUCAAUGUUUUGUUUUUGUUUUGCCUGAUUGGAAAGCUUAUAGAAAACAAUGUGCUAAGAAUGGAAACAUCGAAUAUGAUGUCACAAGAAUCAUUGUUGGCAAUGAAAAAAAAAAAGUAUUCUUUCUUAAAAACAUUGCAAUCUUUAUUUUUGAUUCAUUUGCUUUUCUGUUAUUCCAUUUUACUGUUAGAUGUGAUGUAAUGCACUUAGCUGUAUACCAAAGAAUAAUUUCAUAGUUUGGUUGUACAUCUAGAUAAGAAAAUCAACAAGUAAUGUACCAGUAAUAUACAUCUGCUUUUAACUGAAUGAAAGACUUGACUUACAUCAGAAUCUACACAAUAAAAAGAAUUAAUGGAAUUCAAAGGGAAUUUAAAUGUUAUGCUGUAUUCAAAUGUAAACUUUAUAGUGAUAAAUCUAUUCUUUGUUGUUAAAAGACGUCAAGAUUCCUAAAAGAACCUUAAGCCAUAUUUGGCUCAACACAAAAUAAAACCUGAAUCAUCUUCAUUCCAGCAACUGUGAAAUUCCUUCCCUGCAUCCAUAUAGUUAUGUAUUUUAUUCUGUAAUAAAAGUCAAUAUGCCUGUUUGGAAAUCAGUCAAACUUUGAACUGCUUAAUUUCACGUUUUCAAAAUGAUUCUGAAAGUGUACUUGUCAUUUUUGUUUAUAGUUUAUUUUAGAUUCAUAGAUCUAUCUGGAUACGUUUUCAAGUCAAAAAUUUUUUUCAAUUAUUUAACAGCAAUGGAAAAAAUGAGACUCUGCUAGUUGGCUACUGUGACAUAUGAUGCAUCAUAUCAUCAUAAUGCUAGCUAGAACUUAAAUAAUUAACAAUUAACAUUUCAAGACUUCUACCAUGCAACAUUUUGCUUUUCUCCAAAGAGUUUUGAAACGUGACAAUUAAUUGUUGUUAAAUAAAUUUAUCAUUUGUGCAGCUACAUUCUUGAUUUGAUUGGGACGUCCACUGUAUACUUGCUCAUGAUCUUAGCAUCUGAACAGGAUGGAUACCACAUGGGCUUCAUGUCCAACAUACAGUAAUCUACUUUCCCUAGCAUUAGAAGCACUGCCUGCUAAGCUGUGAUAAAUAAUGCAAUUAGUUUUUUACUCAACUGCUCAUAUAUCAUUUAGAUUUUGUACAUUUUUUCAUCUUGCAAACCCAUCAUGGAUAUCUGAAUUUCAUCAUUUGACUGUAAAUAGUAAAAUCUAUUUCUGUUGGUCAGUUGUCGUUUAAUGGCAUUGGUUCUUAUGCAUUUUGAAAGUUCUGAGUUCUUAGUUUUUUGGCAUUGGGUUGUAUGCAUUUUAGAAAUUCUGAGCUAACUGCCUCAGAAUUUUCCCCACUUAAUGUCAAUAGACCUUGGCUCGCUCUAUAUAAAAUAUCUAAAUUUUGACAUCCUUUUUUUUUUUACACUGUCAGAACAGGACCUGUCUACCUAAAUAUUGUUGUAUUAGAAUAUCUUAAAUGUAUUUGUUAUAAAAUGUUUCUGAAAUUCUUGUGAAACACCAAAAAAAAGCAUAAAUUAUUUAGAAGCUUUAAUUUUGUUUUUUGAUCAGCACAAACAAACAGAACAAUAAUUUGUUUUCUUCUUUCCUCACUAGUUGAAUAGAUAAAUGUAACAAAUCUAAUAUAAAGAUUUGUUUGAAUAGAGACUAACACAGCAGUGAAUUACAAAUAUAUACUAGUUCUGUUUACUGUAAUCAUACUCAAUAUUACUGUUGCAUGAUGUUUACGAACUAUAGACUGGUAUAUAUAAAUGGCUACCGGUACUUCUGACUUGAAUGACUAUGGAUGCACCCAGAUGUACCUUUUAAUAUUCUUAUAGACAGUAGGAUUGUUAUUCUAAUUGAAUACAUUUGAUGAUGGUCACCCAAAUUUAUACAAGAAAUGUUGAAGCAAAUUACUGCGUGAAAACAAAAUAGCUUCCAAAAAGAGUAAUGGUACAUGUACAUUUUUUUUUCCAAUCAAAUAUCAACUAAAAUUCAUUGCUUUGAGGAAACAUUGAAACUUACAUUUACAGGGGGG